AUGGACCCAAAUACGGGGAGCUUGCAGCAAGAGCAGCGGCACGGAGUGGAGCACCUUCCGCGCUGGUCGUGGAAUCUCUACCCCGCGAACAGGAUAGAUGCUGCGCGGAUGGUGGUCCCUCUUGGAUGCGUCUACGCCCCAAUCGGGUCCCCCUGCACGGAGCUGUACUACGAACCCUUGCGCUGCGUUUGCGGUGGCGUGUUAAACCCGUAUUGCGUCAUUGACUACCGGUCAAGAACAUGGGGGUGUCCUUUCUGUGGAACCAAAAACAACUUUCCCCCGCAAUAUGCCCAAAUGACGGAGCAGAACUUGCCCUCGGAGCUUCUGCAGUGGAAUGAGACGUUGGAGUACGUGAGCACUGUCAGGCGUGACCCGCCGACGUUUGUGUUCGUGCUGGACACCUGUGUAGACACGGAGAGUGAGCUUGACGGGUUGAAGGAGUUUGCGCUGGACGCCCUCAGCAAGCUCCCCGCGGAGGUGCGUAUUUGCCUCAUUACGUACGGGACGACUGUGCAGGUGCACGAGCUUAGCGGCGACACCGACUACCCGCGCUCGUUAGUGCUGCGUGGCAGCCAAGAGGUCACGGUGGAGGCGCUCAAAAAAGUUCUGCGGGAGCCACAGAAGUUUGUGGGUGUUCUCUCGAAUGCAACCUCCGUGGCGUCUGCGAUUCUCGAGGAUAUGCAGCAGGAUGUGUGGCCGGUGCAGAAAUCGCACCGUCCGCUGCGGUGCACAGGUGCCGCCCUCUCCGCCGCCGCCAGCAUUCUCGAGAUCGUCUCGCCCAACACAGGCUCCUGCAUCCUAGGCUUUAUCUCCGGCAUAUGUACUGAGGGGCCAGGCAUCGUCGUGGAAACCACGCGAGAAAAAUUUAUUCGGGGUCAUGCGGAUAUUCGAGACGGUGCCGCCGCUGCAUCUUUUUGGGAUUCCUCCUGUGCGUUUUAUGACUCCCUCAUGCACCGCAUUGUUAAACAGGGACACUCGCUAAGCUGCUUUACCGCCUCAUUGGAUCAGACAGGCAUAGCGGAGAUGAAGCUCUGCAUUCAGGCCUCCGGGGGGGUUGUGUUAAAUGACGAAUCGUGGUGUAAGGAGCCCUUUCGUCAGUCGCUGCACCGCUUCUUUGAGCGCAGAGAGGACGGAACGCUGAAGAUGGGGCUCAACGUCACCAUGGACGUCAUCACCUCGUCGACGUGGAAGGUGAUGGGGGUGAUUGGGCAAUGCGUGGGCACAGGCAAGAAGUCCUCCUCUGUAGCCGAAUACGAGGUGGGGAUGGGCGGGACGUGCCAGUGGACGGCGUGCAUGAUGGACUCCACGACAAAUUUUGCGAUUUACUUCGACACAACAUCUGCGCCCCCGUCUGAGGCAGCAAAGAAAGCGGUGCGAUACGCCCAAUUUAUCACAAAGUAUGAGAUAGGGAACGAACUACGAACGCGCGUGUGCACGGUGACGCAUCAGGCGCAAUGCAGCACAAGUAUGCCCGAGCUAUCCGCAUCCUUUGAUCAAGAGACUGCGGCGGUGCUGCUGGCACGUGAAGCGCUGCAUAAGGCAGACACCACCCCGUUAUUUGACGUCCUCCGAUGGUUAGAUCGAACGGUGGUGCGCCUCGUCAGCCGCUUCGGUGACUACAUGAAGGAUCACCCCUCGACACUGAAGCUGCCGCCGCAGUUUGUCUUUUUUCCGGCCUUUAUGUACCACCUUCGACGAUCGGGGUACCUGCAGGUGUUUAACUGUAGCCCGGAUGAGACGGCCAUUCUGCGUCUGAUGCUUCUCAAGUCAUCUGUCCAGGAUUCUAUUAUUCAAAUUCAGCCCACCUUGUACAGCUACCGCAUGGAUGCACCGCCGCAGCCUGUGCUUCUUGACAGUGCGGCUAUUCAACCCGAUAACGUUCUUCUGCUUGAUACCUUUUUUGAGGUGCUUAUUCACCUUGGCUCAACCAUUGCGGCAUGGCGAAAGGCGGGGUACGCCGAGCAGGAGGAAUACGCCUACUUUAAGGAGUUUUUAGAGGUCCCUGUGGCGGAUGCCGAGAUACUGCUAGCCGGUAGAUACCCCACCCCUCGUUUCAUUUACGUCUGUCAGGAUGACCCGGACGCACGCAUUCUUUACAAUAGGAUAAAUCCAAGCCGGUCGUAUGGCGGUGAAAAUGAGCAAAAAUACGGAACAAACGAGGGGGAACUGGUGUACACAGACGAUGCAUCACUGGGGGUGUUCAUGGAGCACUUGAAGAAGCUUGCGGUCUCCCAGUAG